CAUUUGUCGAGUGCGGCUGCUGUUUCGCCCAGUCGUUUGCCGUUUGUCAACCGUUUGCCAGCGUUUGCCGUGAGCGCUAGUUUCUUGCAAGGAAUAUAUAUAUAUAUACAGUCCAUGUUCAGCGAUAAUACCUGAAUUGAAAAAUCUGUGAAUAUAGCCUUCUGUGAGCGGCCCACGGAAAAUCGUGAAAAUCGAAUAGAAUAUACAAAAUAUUUAGUGUUCAACUAAAGAGUGUUUAAAGUAUACAAAUUAAUAACAAAAAUGCAGUACAUCUAUGUGAUUAGUGCGCUGAUUUUGGCUAUCGCCGUGCAGCAAGGAUAUGCCAUCAAGUGUUUCGUCUGUAACAGUCACAAAGAUGCCAACUGUGCGUUGGACAUUCCGCCCGAGAACUUGGUGAAGGAUUGCGAUGAAGAGUACUCGACCCGCGGCAAAGGGAUUCCCACAUACUGCCGCAAGAUCACGCAGAUCAUCGAGUUCUCCGUGAACAGCCUGCCCCCGGAUAGCCGUGUGAUAAGGACCUGUGCCUAUCAGAACCAGACCUCCACCAACUACUGCUAUCAGCGUGCCGGGUUCGGUGGUCGCCAGGUGGUCUGCUCCUGCGAUACGGAUAACUGCAACGGUGCCGGGGCGAUGAGCGCCUCAGCGGUGGGCGUGGCAGCCAUGGUGGGACUCUUGCUGAGCGCCCGUCAAUAUCUGCAGCGUUAAGGAAGGAAUAGAGGGCAAGGCCCCCUCAGUUGUUUUUGUUUGUUUUAUCGAUGCAUCCACCCAGUUUUUCGUUUUGUUUUCGUAUUGCUGCUGACUCUUUGACUUCUGUGACACCUUCACCGCUUUUUCCCUCAUCAUUAACAAGGUCCACUCGCAGAGCUGUUCCAGAAUCUGCUCUGGGGAUCAGCCCGAUUUUGUAACAUUUUUUGAAUGGAGAACCGUAAAAGCUUUAUACAAAGUAUUUAAAUAAUAAAAUAACUCCCUAACUAGAAGUGUAUAUAAAAACCAAAGAGAGAGCAUGUAACAAUUGGCCAAUAUAAUCGUUCAAAUCUAUUUACAUUAACAGGAAUUUUGAAACUAACUUAUUAAACGGAAGCAAGGAAAAUAACGAAUAAAUAUAACUAAAACCUACCGCAGUUGAAAGUAUUUAAAAGAUCGAGAUAAACGAAUAAGUCAAAGAUGGCCACAAAGCUAACAAUGUUAAAAAUUAAGGCCUACCAAAAUGAAAAGUAGUACAUAAUAAAUGUUAACACUCUUCGCCUAA